AUGCCUGGUGUCAUUCAGAUCACAGAUAAUGCCGCCAAGCCAUUCGAUGAGCGCGAAGAGGUUAUAAGAAGAGCUCUAAACAAGAAAGUUCUUGUUCCAAACAUUCUGGAACUAAUGCCUGCGUGGCCUAGCGAAUUUCAGCCGGACAUUGAUGAGAUUAAUGUGAAGGUCGAUGAAUGGCUGAAAACUGUGAACGUUGCAAAGGAGAAAAAACUAAAACACCGUACUCGAGGAAAUUAUACUCUUCUAGCAGGCAUUUAUUAUCCACACUGCAAAAAAGAAAAGAUGCUGGCUCUCUCUCAGUUUUUAUACUGGAUCUUCUUUUGGGACGAUGAAAUUGAUACAGGUGGAGACCUCACCGAAGAUAGAGAAGGCACAAUUCUGUGCUGUGCCGAGACUAAUAAGUGCAUUGAUGAUUGCCUUGGCCCUAGUCCUAACUACACACCUCCUUCUGGCUCUCGAGGCACCGUGGAGAUCCUCUAUCCCAUCUUGAGAGAUCUUCGGGCUGGUCUUGGCCCUGUCUCAACUAUGCGGUUGAAAAAAGAGCUCCACGAUUACGUCAAUGGUGUUAGCAACCAACAGAAAGUGCGCCAGGAAGAUCACCUUCCAAAUCCUUGGGAUCAUUUCCAGAUGCGAGUUGAUGAUGUUGGAGUCAUUCCAAGUAUCACCCAGAAUGAAUAUGCCAUGGAGUUUGAGCUUCCAGAUUGGAUUCGCAAACAUGAAGCCAUGGAGGAGAUUGUUCUGCAAUGCACUAAACUGACAAUCCUAUUAAAUGAGAUCUUGUCCCUACAAAAGGAAUUCCGUGUUUCUCAACUAGAGAAUCUCUGUCUCCUUUUUAUGAACACUUAUAAUAUAUCUAUUGAACAAUCUAUUAAUAAGAUUCUUGGCCUUCUGAAAGAUCACUACACCAUCUGCACUGAGGCAGAGGCCAGAAUUCCUUGGAGUACAACAGAUGAGAAGCUUAACAGCGAUAUUCGUGAGUAUAUUCGUGGUUGCCAAAGGUUAGCAACGGGGACCGCUUGCUGGAGCUACAACUGCGAAAGGUAUUUUAAACUGAGCCAGCUGAAUAAUAAACAAGAGCUAUUACUGGAUUUAUCCCGUACAUAA